AUGGAGGCGUUGGUCCUGCAUACGCCUGCUGUUGAGAAGAUGCCCAUCAAUUCUGUAGGCGAUGAGUAUCCAGGGACGCUCCUCACGGCAGGCGUCCAUCAUGACGGCAGUCUACAUGAGACUGAAGUGGGUAGGCGCGAGGGCGCAGCUCUGGUUCAAUCCGCCGGUCACUGCUAAUGCCUUGGAGGUUGCGCCAUUGUUCGUGACGCACGCCAUCACCCCGCCGUGAAGCUGACGUAACAUGUCAGUGAGUCGAUCUGGGCACCCGAAUUUCCGCAUGACCUUUCGUAGUCUCUCUCGAUUCACCGUAUCAAAGGCCUUCGUAAGUCCACGAAGGUAAUGCAGAAGUGGGCUCGCAGUUCCUGGUAUUUCUUUUGUAUCUGGAGAGCGGCAAACACCAUGUCCGUGGCGUCCCGGUGCCCUCGGAAACCACACUGGCCUUCUGGUAGAAGUCUUUGCCCUAGAUGUCCAUUGAGACUAUAAAGAAGAGCGGGGGCUAAGAUUUGUCCACCGAUGUUGGGUUACGAGAUGCCCUGUGAUUGUCACAGAGGUUGUAGGAGUGAAGCAUGGUUGACCUUGAAAUCCCGAGGAACUUGUUUACAGUGCCACGUCUCCUGAAGUAUCGUGGUAAGUUGGUCCAUCAGGCAGUGGCCGCCGUGCUUAUAGAUUUUGGCCGGGAUCGCAUUGGAGCCCGGUGCCUUCCCGUUGGAGUGUUGUUCUACAGCACAUAUGGUUUCUGUGAUGGAGAGUGGGAGAUCUAGGUCGACGUUGAUUUUCACUUGCAGGAGGAAAGGCUGAGACAUUUCUGAAGUGCUCGGCCAAGCGCAGAAGCGGCGCAGGUCCUUUGGUUCGCGCGUCGUAGAUCGCUUUGAUCGCGGCGAAGAAAUGCUUUCAGUUGUUUUGGUGGACGCAACCCUAAAUCCCCUUGGCCUUGCGAGCCAUAUACGCUUUCUGCAUUCUUCGCAACCGUUGCUGCAAAAAGCAGAGACAUCGGUAAAAGACCGCUUUGUUCGCAUCGGUCGGGCGGUAGAGAUAGGUUGUGUACAGCCUGCUCUUUUGCACUGUUAAAGCUUGCUGACGAAAUUCCCUGGAUUUUAAAAAGUCAUUUUCUUCCAACUUUUUCCGAUCCUUUACAACUGGCAUAUAAGGCCAAGCGUAUUUCUUUAGAUGCUGUUGCCCUUAUGGUCCAUUCUUACCUUAGAGAAUUAGACAAGGAUUGCCGCGAGUGUGCAUGCGCUUUUCUUGACUACUUCUUCCCCUUCAGUACCGUCCUUCGUCCUCUUCUCCUUACGAAAACAUCCGCGUGUGACUCUCCAGGCUUGGUUGUCUAUUGACUCAGCGAUUACUUUACGUCCCAUACUCAAUUUGUCCAAUUAGACAAGCGGAAAUCCUUAGUCCUACCCAAUGACUGCGGAGUUCUUUAAGGUUCCAUUUUAUUCCCUCACCUCUUCUCCCUUCACUCUGAUGACCACAGACCCCAAAACGACUCUCUGUUAGUUAUGUACGUGGACGAUGUGGUUGUUGGUCACUCUCUCAAAAAUCAAACACAUCUCCAGUCUCUGAAGGGUGGCCUUGAACAUGUCUCAGUAUGCUGACAGCAAAAUGGUCUCCUAAUGAACUGUCAGAAAUCAGUUCAGUGUAUUUUCCGACUGCGGCCCUCUCCUAGUCCUGAAUCCUUUGACAUCAUUUCCAACAAGCUAUCCUCAUUUAGGUUAUUUUGCGUUACUUUGUCAGUAAACCUCUCAUUUCACCUACAUAUUGAGUCCCGUCUUACUAAAGUUAGUAAACUUCUUUGUUACAUUCGUUCUUUACGUUCCUACUACACAUCUCAACUCAUGUUCCGGCGAUUAAUAGACGCCUGUAUUCUUCCUCUUAUUCUUUGGUGUUCUUCUGUAAUUUUUUCUGCUUUGUUCAAAAAAGUCUGCUAGCUUGAAAACGAGUCCUCCCAAUGUCCUCUUCUGCUGCCACUGUUUCUUAUGCGUUUUCAGUCGAUGUUAAACUACAACGACACUUCAAUACCGUCAAGCAAUUUGCAAGUCGAAUUUUGGACGACGUUGCUCAUCUCCUGCAUUCUGGAAUAAUUUCUGCGAAGUCUUCCCGCCCCAUGUGCCGUGGCUUUCGACUUAGCCCUUGUCGUGCAUCGGCAUAUCAAAAUUCUGUAUUGCCACUCCUGGUGCGAUAUCUUACGCGAAAAGAGACAGAAAUACAGAUGCUAAGACCCCAACGAUUUCCAUAAUAGUCGUUCCUUUAUGUAUACAACUUUUUGACUCUUGAGUAAUUUAUUACUUUAUUUCCUGUGCACCAUGAAUGAAGCCCAUUUUUUGCUGAAAAUUUCGAAUUGUCAACAUCAAAACAAACCGAAUUCCCCCCUCUCUCUCUCACACACUCUCUAAAAGAGAACAAAUUUUCCAAGCUGUCAGAGUGAGCGGACCCACCCUAGCAGCCUGUGGGGUAGGGUGAGGGAGGGGGAAGAGGAGGGGAAAGGGUAAAAUUGUGCUUCUUGUUUGUUUGUUUCGACAGCAAGUAUUGCAGCCUGUGAGCCACGAUUCGUGCGCAGCCGUCAUAAACCCAGCCUUUGUUUAGGACACCUUUAUAGCCACCUAAUCCCUCAAUAGUAAGCAGUGCUUCCUCUAAAUAGGGCUGCUUUGCCACAUCAGACGACUGCCACUCUCUACUAUGAGCCGCCAGGCGUAUUCAGAGAACGACCCAUUGGCCAGGACCGCUUACAUGAUUGCAUAGUGGGACUUAUCGACCGUGGGAGAGGGGAGUAGAGUAGAGAGUAGAGAGGGACUAUACGGGAUAGAGGUGGGAGGAGAAGAGGGACGUUGAGGGGGGGAAGAAAAAGAAGGAGCAGAGAGGGGAAGAGAAUGAGGAGGAGAAGGAGGAAGGAAAGGAGAUGGAGAAAGGGAAAAAGGGAGAGGGGUAGAGUUGCCGUGUUUAGGGAUACACGCACGGAUACUCUCAGUCAGUAAUCACGCUAACGCUAACGACGGGUCCAGUCACAACCGCCAUCGCUAUCAGUGACCACCCAAAACAUAUACCUUAAUGGAGCGAUCACAUAUGACCAUCAACUUCGUGAAAAACAUCGGCCAACUGAAGACAAACUUCAUGGCUCGUCAGAGGCCGCUUGUAUUCUACUGGGCAAGCGGACCCAUUCACAUCCUCCAGAGACACAAUAUCAAGGCAACCAAGACUCACUGUACCCGGUAGUCAUGGUCUUUCUGACCCUGACCAAUUUACGUUGAGAGUUGGGACAUUUUGGGUCAUAUAAAAGUGAAGUGAUAAUUAGAUAAAGCUUCUGGUGACCCCAGCUUAGGAACGAAUAAUCACGUUUUGCAAUGCUUGCUCGACAUGUGCUUCAUUCAAAGGUCCCAUGUCACGAUGUAGAGCACUGUCACAACCUACGGCUAGCGGGUUUUUCUUUUGAACGAGUCGUUAUUGGCGUCACUGGUCUACCGCGAUACAAAUCAUCUGACCACCGGUACAUUUUAGAGUUGAUGGAAUAUUUGGCGAAGUGGGCUGUCAGUUCCCUUACGUAGACAAGACGUUUCUGUGACCGAUAUCUUGCUCAAUGACUGGAUCUGCAGGUCUACAGCCUCCACUGAGCUGCAUUCAGACUAUGACACUAAUUUUGAAAGCAAGCUACUACAUAAAAUCGAAAAUCUUCUCCUGGUACAUUCAACGAGGAUGACGCCAGCUCAAGCUGAAGGUAGCGGACAGGUAGAACGUGCCGACAGUUCGACCAUCGUGCCCGACGAUGUCCACCUCGCGCUUCACAGCAAGGUGAAGCAAGGAAGGUGAAUUGCGCGUGAAUUAGUUUAUUGUGGGUGUAGACUUGCACAGCACCUACCGCAAUCUCUCCUUUUCCCUCACCUGGAUCCGACGGAAGGGAGGCCGGGAGAGGGCGCAGGUAGCUGGCGCGUCCGAAGCCGCCCCUAGCUGUGCCGCCACACUUGGAAAUUGGUGACAGUGACAACCCAGUGGCAGCCCGCCCUGCGGACAGUGCCUGCACUUCGAAAGGACAGGAAUCGUAGCAAAGUAGACUGGAGACUACUUUUGACUUUGCCCUAAAUGCAAAGACUGGUCUUCUAGUUCGAAAUGGUGGAUAGGAUUCCGCGGCCAGAAAUUAGGCAGGCGCGCGAGACCUGAACCACAUAUUGAGGGUUUGGAAUCAUACAGGACCCAGGACCAUUUGGUUCAACUUUGGACAGUAGGCUACACCACAUUAAGAGUGACGACGUCGUGCCGGAUCAAAAGAAUCCCACUCAAAAAUCCAAUCCCAUGGGUUGGAGCAUUACGCUAUACUGCAGUACAGUAAUGGCAUCAGAUCAAUAGGCCAAUUCCUGAUGGUUGCAAGACAAUACGCGAUAUGAAUGCGUUACAGAUACAAGUGAUCUAUUUGGAGUGGACAUUGAUUCGUACAUGUCUCCGAGACUACCGAUAAGCAGUGCUGCCCCAUGGGCACUUCAAGGAAGGAAAAUGGAACUACCGAGUCGGGGAGAGAGCAAAAGAAUGCUAUGGCUAACGAAGGUGGGAGCGAUGUUAGCAAUUGCGAAAGAGAGGGCGUCAACCAUCUCCACUGACUCGCUGUCACUCCAAUAUCCUAGAUCACCGCCAAAAGUGAUUCCAUUUGAUUGAAACAACUUGGUUGGUUCCGUAUUGCAUUACACGCGCACGGGACUCCCAUCAGAUGGGUGAACCCCUCGAUGAUCAUAUUUUGUACCCUUAGGGCAAACCUCCAGACCCUCGAAAUUGGCAACCAACGGGCAGAAGUCUAACGGUAAUCCCCCUUGUGAAAUCCUUCACCGCCCUCCUCAUUCGGCUGCGUUUUCUUAAUUAUCUUCAUCCUCACCUUUCCUAACGUCAUCAUCCCUUUCUGCUCUCUGUAUUGUUUGGCAUUCGACUAUUAAUUAGUUUUUUUAGUAUACUCUUCUAUUUUUCGAAAGAGUUUUUUGUUCAGUUGCUUGGUGCAUUUCAUUACCAUACCAAUAUGUGUGCUGAAUCCCCUGACUCAUAUUCAUUCAGUUUGUUGCAGUUCGUCACAACCCGUGUACGUGCUGGAUUCCAAGAUGGGAGAUAUGGAUUAGAUAACUGUCCAGCCGUUAAAAAUAUCGGCGUUGAUUUCGCCAACCCUAAUGAUUUAGCAGGAGUGAGGCUUACUCCAGACAUCCCAAUUUUAGAUAAUCCUGUCUACUUCUUAUUUCCUCGAGAUCGCUGAAAGUGUUUUAUUCAUAACAUUUAGGGAUUGGUGAUUAAGGCUGAUUGCCAAAGAAACCGGCAGUGCGCGUCCAUAUCAGAAAGCACUGGGGGUCAAGGUGUAAGCCCAGGAUGUCCUGGUUCGUUAAACCACAACAUAAUACGAAAGACAGCGGAACCGCUCUCGUUUCUUUGGACAACGCCGAUCUGGGGAAUAUGCACUCAGAUCAAGUCUCGGUUCUGAUAAAGUCUGCGUACCGUCAAACUUUGCGUACCAGGGUCCAAGAAAGUUCGCACAUUUCAACAAGAAAUACCAUGAAUUCGUUCUCAACUGAGUAGCUCAACUCGCAUGCUGUUUUUCCACGCCAAUGGACCAGGACUGUGGGCCGCGUCGGUCGCCACAAAAGUCGUUAGCAUGUAUUUUAAUACUUGAAUUAGACAUUUUUCAUAAGGCUUUCGGAGGUUCUGAGCGCUGGCGGAUCCCCAACAAUCAAUCAGUUUGUUUGUUGGAGGUUGGCUUUUCCCGCAAAUUUGUUCAAGAACCCAAUCACAGGGCAUUGAUAACAAGCAAACUUAAUUAAUGAUGACCCAUGAUCGUCACGUCACAGAGCUGUCAUCGCGCUCUACGGCAUCGUAUGAGGCAGUUAGCGUGCCGGAUUUCAUCUACCGCGCCCUUCUAGCACUGUCAAUGCCGGUUCGUGACUGCGUAUUCGACAGACCCGAGAGCCUGGUUAUUCCGCAAAUAACUUUCACUGAAGACAUUUCACUGUCCACAGCCUGUAGACAUGUCGGUUAGUUGUAAGGUUAAAGGAUGACAUGUCAUCCCCGGUCGAAACAUUAAACUUGCAUUGGAUUUAUGUGACUUGAGCUACGCAACCUUGGAAUGUCUCCUACGCCCACCCAGACGUUGGUUAAGCGAAAAUAACCCAAGCCUGCGAACUUUGCUAAUCCCAGAGUUCUGAAUUCGCUUCGACUGCCUGGGCAAGAGUCCUACUUUGCGCUUUAAAAUUGCUCGCAUAUAUACAUUAUUAUGAUAUUAAGGCGUGCCCUAUAUUAGUACUUUUAUAUCAGUUAUCAUCCCCACGUUUUUUAUACGAAAAUAGGUCUUCAGUGCCUCACUGAGGUAAAAAAUAUGGACAAUAGGAUGAGACCAUUGCUAUUAAACGGAAUGGACUGGCCCGUGUGCAAUAAAGCUUUGAUUUGUGGUUUUGAUUUAAGGUAAGGAAGGACGACCUGCAAUGUACACCGAAUUAGUACCUCAGCUCCCUUUGUAUCCGAGACAUGGGCUUUCGUUCAGACUAUCUUUAACAGUCUUUAGAAGAAGCGCAUCAUAAGGCCUGUUUCAGAUCAUUUCGAUACGUUCUGUGCCAGGCUUUUCGGAAAAAUAGCAGCAUUGCUUUUCUUUUGCUUAUAGACUGCUAUCCAUUCCAAAGAUUUUAAUGUAUACCCCUAUUCAGAGAGGGGAUUCAGGCUGUAUGUACUUAGAAUUUCUCACACUCAACAUUGAGCGCUACUGAUCUUACAGGACGGGAAUGCCUGUUAGGCUAAUUGUCAGAGGGCCCUGUUCGCCUCUGUUCGAUGUCCGACGGAGACUAUAGGUAUUUUCGGCCUCAUAUUCAUAGAUUUUUAAUCACAGUACGUAAGCGAUGAAAGAAUGCGAUUUCAUGAAGAGAACUGAAAUCCUUACUGAAUUCUCAAAUGUCGACAAUCAUCCAAUGCUGAAGUGGUUUAUGCAGCACGCAACGCAGUAUUUAAGAUAUAGAUGGGGGCAUUUGUUUUCAUCCGGCCUGACUCCCACGAUGUUCCCGAUUUGUCGAUAAGGACCGCUUUUGACUCAUGAGGCUGAGAUGGUGACGACCUUUUUUUGCUGCUGUAUUUCCGAAUUUUACUAGCAUGCUGCUUGCUACAUCAGUGCCACCAGCUCUCAGCUCAGCAUUAACCUCAUUAUUGGUUCCCGCUUACAUCAGCGUCAUUAGUACCGUUAUUGUUCCUACUCGCGUACACCUUACACGAGUUUAUCACAUGCAUUUUUCCGAUUUGUUUGGAGCGGUGACACCCGGAAGUCCAUGCAGCGGUUUUCAGUUAUUUGACUGUUUACCUAACUAUGGUUUUUCAAACAGACCAAACAUUACUUUAUUUCCCAUGUGAUAUACUACACAAUGCAUCUUACUCCGACAGUUUGAAUUGGUCAGGUCACGUUAUACGUGUGCCUAAAUUUAGUUUUUAAGUUACCAUUUUCAUUGAUUAAUCCGUGUGCACUAAACAAUGACCUUACUGUUUUGCAGGGAUUUUCAGUGCAACUUCGUGUUACUGUAUGCUUCUUAUUAGUCAUCUGUGUAAUGCGGGUUGUAGGGAUGUCCAGCGGUGGGUCCAUGCGACGGACGUAGUAGGUCGCCCGCUUGCCUGGAGGUGUAGACUACGAUUAGCAUCCACUUGUUGGCGCCCAACUCACCGAAGCUAGGCCCUGCCUAGCGGACACACCCUGGUAAUCGCCUCGACCGGCGGGCUAAACCAGGUGAGCGUAACCGCGUGUGUGCCCUCGCACACGGUAAUCUUGGUUGAUCGGAUGGAUCACCGCAUCGGCAUCGUCGAGACUAGGCUCCGUCUGGAACACCGUAGGGGGUCACAAGGUUAGUGGACGUUGCUCUAAUGCCUUUGCCUCGCUUGUUCUUGUUUGCCUUCUCUCUGUCUGCUUUCGUGCCUGCCUUUGUUAAAAACUAACUGCCGUUCUGUUGAAUCUCAUCCGUUGUUUUUGCGUUUUUUUGCUCUGCCUGCUUGCUUUGUCUGCUUAUUUGUGUCUGUUCCUGCUGUGUCCUCCGGCGGGGCCUCGUAGCUCAGGUGGUUAGAGCGUUGGCUGCGCUAAAGCCUUCCCGUUACUGCGUGGGUUCGAAUCCCACAGAGGCGCCGAGUUUUUCACAAUUGGGUCAAUAUGAAUUAUUCAAAAUCUGCCAAAAUAUAAAUGAAAUUCCAUUCUGCUGAAUUUGUCUGCCUACCGCUUACAUUUCAGCAACCAGUUAACCAAGAGAAUGAAGAGAAAGCUCUACAUCCCGUCUCUCUACUGUCCCCUACCCUCCAUCUCCUUCAGCUUACGGUGAUGUCGUAAACUGUCUCAGGCUAACUCGGAUCGCUCUCCCACUAAACAAAGACGUGGCCCAUAGUAAUGUUCGGGAGCCGCCUGACACAACUGAGCAACUGAAUAUAGGGAUAGCACUGCUCACCCCUGCGAGGGAGAAGGGGUCAGAAAAGGUGCCCUAAACAAAUGCUGGGGAACCACGCCGUCUGUGGGCUAACCGUGGUCGCCGACGUAAAACAGGGGCGAAACACUCAAAGUUGAAAUAACACUUCCUCUCUUCGCACUCCUACUCCCCAUUCACCAGACUGGUAGGGUGAGUCCGUUCACACUGACAGCCUGGAAUGUUCGUUCCCUUUUAGACAAUCCGAAGAGCAAUCGACCAGAACGGAGGGCGGCACUAGUGGCUCGUGAAAUGGUGCGCUUCAAGGUGGACAUCGCAGCACUCAGCGAGACCCGGUUCUCCGAACAAUGUCAACUGGAUAAGGUGGGUGUCAGCUACACCUCUUUCUGGAGUGGUCGCCCCAAGACAGAGCGCUGGAAUGCGGGCGUUGCCUUUGCCACUCUGAACGAUAACGUGAGACGCCUGCCCUGUCUGCCGCAGGGCAUCGACGAUCGCCCGAUAAUCCUCCGUCUGUCUCUCCGGGGAGGCAAAUUCGCCACCAUCGUCAGCAUCUACGCUCUCCCUCAUGAUCAGCCCCUACACCGCGAGAUACACAUUCUACGAGGAUCUGCACGCUCUCCUGGCUCCUGUGUCGAAGACGAAUAA